AUGGCCGACGAUGCAUCUUCGCCGGGCAGUCUAAGCUCGCCCCCGCACUCGCCUGAGGGCACUCCGACAGCAACUGUCCGCGCAGCUGCAGGUGGUGUUGGUGUUGGAACUAGCACGCCAACCCCUGCAAAUGCAUCGCCAGCUCCACGCGGCCUUACUGCGAACGGCCAGCCACGCAAGAAGCCAGGUCCGAAACCAAAGGCCAAAGACCCAAGUGCACCAGAGCCAGAAAAGAAGACAAGAAAGCCCCGUAAGUCGGAGCCCAAGGACCCAAAUGCCGCGCCUGCGCCACGGAAGAGGAGGACAAAGGCAUCGCUCGAGGCACAGGCACAGCCAGCCGCACAGGUCGUCGACGAGAAACCGCCUGUGCAGCUAUCACCCAUACCACAGACUGGGCCCAGUGAAUCCGUCCCUGCUUUGCAAGCCGAGCAGCCGCCUGCAGUCGCGCAGCCAACCCGUGUGUUGAGCAAUCCCGAGCCGACUCUCCACAGUAACCCAAAUCUCUCCCAUAUCAGCGUUGCGCCAUCCACGCCACGGCCAUCUAGUUCAGGCCAAAGAUAUGAUCCUAUCCGGGGCGACACCUUUGAGUCAAAACCGCAGCCUCCAGCAAGCGCCCCUCCGCCGCCUGUUUCACCCCCGAUCAACCACCGUGCGAGUGCCUCACCUUCCAUCACAAGUCUCAUUGACCCGCCAUCUGCCAGCAACUCCUUCUAUUCACAUCCUGCCAAGCUUCAGCAACAGGCAUCAAUCACAUCCGCACCCGUGUCACCUGCCGCCUUCUCCACGCGACCAGCGUCGGUCCUUCCUUCUCAAGACUACUCACCUCAACUCCAACAACAGCAACCGCAAACAUCUCUUCAGAACCAGCCUCAGCCGUAUCCCACUGCAUCAUCAGGCCCAACUCCCAUGGAUAUUGACACCGAGCCCAGUAAGCCAGCAUCCGUCCCAAUGGCAAAAGAAAAUUCCACAAACUCCGGUACCCUCUCACAAUCCAAUGCUCCCACUCCACCCGCCAAAACCGUCCGCCAGAAAGAGGCCCCACCGCCGCUGCCUUCCGGUAGCGGCCUCCUGUCAGGAACGCCAUUCGGUCCCGUUGCCAACGCCAACGGCACUUCUGAGACCCAAGGCACUAACAUCUACCUCACUUUCGACUUGAAGGGACGCGAAAACGUCACUAUUAACUUCGCGCAAGAAGUCGAGAGGAAGUACGGCUUUGCUGCUCUACAUCCUCGCAUUGCCGCACGGAAAGAGCGCCAGCGUCAGAUUACGGCAGCAGGUGCAGCACUCGAGCGGGCUGCAGGUGGGGGCUCAAACGACGAUCAGUCUGUCGACUUAUCGGAAAACGAAAGCAACGUCGAGAUGGGCGGCAUGGACGAUGAGACAUCAGCCAAGGAGAACGGCGGCAAGAAGCGACGCAAGCGCAAGCAAGAAGAUUACGAUAAGGAGGAUGACUUCAUUGACGACACCGAGCUAGCUUGGGAACAACAAGCGCUCAUGGCGAAAGACGGCUUCUUCGUCUACAGUGGCCCACUCGUUACCGAGGAGAAGCCAACUGUGGAGAGGGCCGAUGGCACCGUUCGACGUGGACGAGGACGUGGACGUGGCGGCACCGUACGAGGCGACGCGUCAGGUCGUGGUAGAGGGCGUGGAGGCGGUCCAGGUUCUCGUGGUGGUUCUACUGUCCGCAAGCCCCGCGUUACUAAGGCUGAUCGUGCACAAAUGGAACAGGAGAAGGCAGCUCGAGAGUCUAUGGCUAAAACCCUGACCAACAUGUCUACUCACGCCGGCCAGGCUAGCGCCAUGUAG